CAGUUGCUCUCACCUGCUUGCCCCAGCUCGAUCCCGGCCCGGAGCAGCGGCGGCGGCGCGGGCUUCCGCUGUCCGCUGGCUGAGGACCUUCCGCUCCCCCUUGGUCCCGCGCGGGCUCCGAAUCCUGUCCGCGGCAGGGGCCAGCGGCCCCUCCCCUCCCCUCCAAGGAUAGAAGAUGAGCUUCCUCUUUAGUAGCCGCUCUUCUAAAACAUUCAAACCAAAGAAGAAUAUCCCUGAAGGAUCUCAUCAGUAUGAACUCUUAAAACAUGCAGAAGCAACUCUAGGAAGUGGGAAUCUGAGACAAGCUGUUAUGUUGCCAGAGGGAGAGGACCUCAAUGAAUGGAUUGCGGUUAACACUGUGGAUUUCUUCAACCAGAUCAACAUGUUAUAUGGAACUAUCACAGAAUUCUGCACUGAAGCAAGCUGUCCAGUCAUGUCUGCAGGUCCAAGAUAUGAAUAUCAUUGGGCAGAUGGUACUAAUAUUAAAAAGCCAAUCAAAUGUUCUGCACCAAAAUACAUUGACUAUUUGAUGACUUGGGUUCAGGAUCAACUUGAUGAUGAAACUCUUUUUCCUUCUAAAAUUGGUGUCCCAUUUCCUAAAAACUUUAUGUCUGUGGCAAAGACCAUUCUAAAGCGUCUGUUCAGGGUUUAUGCCCAUAUUUAUCACCAGCACUUUGAUUCUGUGAUGCAGCUGCAGGAGGAGGCCCACCUCAACACCUCCUUUAAGCACUUUAUUUUCUUUGUUCAGGAGUUUAAUCUGAUUGAUAGGCGUGAGUUGGCACCUCUUCAGGAAUUAAUUGAGAAGCUUGGAUCGAAAGACAGAUAAAUUUUUCUUCUAGAACAGUUACCCUCUUGCUUCAUCUACUGCUAGAGCUAUCUCGUUGCUUUCUGUUAUAGACUAGUGAUACAAACUUUAAGAAAACAAGAUAAAAAGACACCUAUUGUCUGUGUCUACUGAUAAAAUUGUCCCAAAGGUAGGUUGGCCUAAUACCUUCAGAGUGAGAAAUUCAGGACACAGCUGAAUCUGAGGCACUGUGUGACCACUGUUGUUACUGCCAUAGAGCCAUACUUGGUUAUAGAAUGUGAGGACUAACCUGUAGUUUAUUAGUUUACUUACUCUUUUACUGAAGAAGAUGAUCGACUCUGUUUCAGGUGACAGCAUGAUGGAUAUUAAGAAUUUCCAAUAAUUUAUUAACAGGUUUCCAGAACAAAUUUCCUAAUAAUGCAAUCACAGAUCAGUUUUAUUCUGCUUUUAUUUUACAAAUAGAAGAGGUGUUCUGAAAUUUCCUUAAGAUUUAGAACAUUUGUGUCACUUUGGAUAACCUUGUAGUUUGAAGUUUGUAUGCUAGUGUUUUUAUAGGUAAGAUUAUAUAUAUGUAUAUUUUUUCAAAAUCCAUGAUUGCAGUUUAAAUCAUCAUAUGACAUGUGGUAUGGGAGUAACCAAAGUUAUUUCUAAAAGGACUUUAUUUUUUAAUCUUUAUUUGGGAUUUUAUUCACAUAAAGCUAUCUAAAUUUUUAGUGUGUGUGUAUCAAAUAAUUUUUUUAAGGCAUCUAAGGAUCGUCUUGCAGAUUUUUAUUUUGAAAUGCUUCAUUCAGAUUAAUUUUAAUAUGUAGGUUUUGGCUGAGAAAAGGAAAACUUCCAAAAAAUUAUGACAAAUUUGGGUCUCAUAAACCAUUAUUUUCAUUCAUGUUUGUUUCAGAGGCCUUAAAAUUUGGAUAGGAGAAUGGAAGAAAGUACUCAGAGUACUUGACUAUUUUAUUUUGAGUUUUCCUUUUAAAAGAAGCUACUUUUAUACAUUUUUAUUGUGACUUGAGACUUAGUUAAGUGUAGUGUAGAAAUGCACGAACCUUAUCCCAAUAAGGAUAAAGCGUAAGGAAAACCACAAUAAAAAACCUUGAAGGUGUACACAUUUUAUAACCCA